AUGUUUGUUGUAACCGUAUUGUGCGCCGCCUGCGUCUCUUACUUGGUGUGGCGACUGAUGACCAGGAAGACCACAGAACCACCGUUUUUUCCAGGCUGGUGGCCUAUUCUAGGACAUGCGCCGGCUCUUAUAGGAGAUAGCUGCAAACUAUGGAACGGCGUAAACGACUUGGCUAAACAGAGCUACGAUAUUGGGGGAGUUGUGUCUAUCGGCAUUGGACCAAGAACGGCAUAUGUUAUAUCCGACCCAGACGACAGUUUCACAGUAGCAAACUCUUGCUUUGAAAAGGAUGACUUUUAUGACAUCGCUAAACCAUGGCUAGGGGAAGGAUUAGUUACUGGGAAAUAUUCAAUCUGGAAGAAUCAUCGCAAGCUCCUGAAUCCAGCGUUCAGUCAGAUAUUGCUGGACACCUUCAUGGGAGUCUUCAACAGUCAGUCCAGGAAGCUGGUCAAGGAUAUGGAAAAAGAGGCCGGAAAAGGACUCUUCGACCACUGGACUUACACAAGACAUAACGCUUUAGAAACUAUCUGCUUGACAGCUCUCGGAGUAGACUUCACAGACUCGAAUUUAAACAGCGAGUAUGUAGAAGCUGCAGAGCUGAUCUUCUAUACCAUGGUGGAGCGGUUCACGAAGUUCUGGUGGCACAGCCCUUACACCUUCGCCUGGAGUAACGUCAAGAAGAAGCAGGAUGACUGUCUUAAGAUCCUGCAUAAUAUGUCUAACACAGUUCUACAAAAAAGAAAGUCAGAGAUAAAUGGCAGUGUUUGUGCCGAGGAGAGCGAAAUCCCAAGGAAAAAGUUCAAGCCUUUCUUGGAUCUUCUGCUGGAACUGUCUGUUGAGAAGGGAGUGUUAAAUGAUAGAGAAGUAAGAGAGCAUGUGGACACUAUUAUAGUUGGGGGCCAUGACACCUCGGCCAGUGUGCUCAUGUUUACCAUGAUAUUGUUGGGAUCUCAUCCUGAAGCACAGGAGAAGGCUUUUGCUGAAGUGCUAGAAGUGCUAGGCGAUGAAGACAGAGAUGUGGAGAAGGCUGAUCUAUCAAGGCUGGUGUACUUGGAAGCUGUUCUGAAGGAGAGCAUGAGGGUGUUCACCAUCGUGCCGGUGCUCGCCAGGAAACUCGACAAAGAUGUCAAGCUUAAAAAUUAUACACUAUCAGCCGGGCGAACCUGUUUCUUGUUUGUGUUUGGUCUCCAUAAGCACCCAAUGUGGGGGCCUGAUGUGGACGAGUUCAGGCCUGAGCGCUGGUUGGAACCUGGACAAUUGCCUGACAACCCUAAUGCUUUUGCUGCCUUUAGUGUUGGGAGACGACAGUGUAUUGGUAAAGCGUAUGCUCUAAUGUCGAUGAAAACGACCCUGGCUCACGUGGUGCGCCACUACAAGAUAAAGGCGGAUCACACCAAGGUGAGGCUGAAGCUCGACGUCAUGCUCAAACCUGACGCAGGACACUGCAUCAGCAUUGAGAGACGAUAGAGGAACAGCUGAUGGAACGGGAGAAAUAUCUAUUGUGGUAACACUUGUACACUAUACAGUACGUUUUGUUAUCAAUGAAUUCAUAAUAGAUAUAUAGGUAAGUACCAAAAAGCCACCGUCAACGUCUUAACCAAUUGUAUUCAAUUUUAUAAUAAGUUAU